UAUAACAUAACUCAGGAAGUUGUGUCAAUAUUAGUAGCAUUUGAUAGGCAUGAUGAAUGGCUCUCCAAGACAAUAUCAAUAAGACCGCCAUCAGGGACGAUGCUACUUUACAAUCGCAAGUCCGUGCACUAUCGCAAGGAUGGCUACCAUUGGAAGAAGCGAAAAGACGGAAAGACCACCCGCGAAGAUCACAUGAAGUUGAAAGUUCAAGGUCAAGAGUUCAUCUACGGAUGCUACGUUCACUCCGCCAUUUUGCCGACUUUUCAUAGGAGAUGUUACUGGCUGUUGCAGGUUUCUGCUGUUAUGGUUGUUGCUUGUUGUUAUUGUUGUUGUAUCAUUCAUCAUCAUUGUUACCAUUUACAGAACCCGAAUAUAGUGCUGGUCCACUAUUUGAACCUUCCA